AUGAAGAUUGCAAUCAUUGUAACUGAACCAGUAAUCAAUGAUCAGAAAAUAUUUAAUGCACUCUAUAUAAAUUUUGCCAAGGUCUAUGGUGAAGACGACACCGUAGAGACUUCGAUAUAUAAUGCCGUUCAAAUGGAGUGGCCAGAGUCACCGGAGGAGUACGAUGGCUAUUUGAUUACCGGUAGCUCUGCCAACUCCUACGAUCAGGACGAGUGGAUUCUGCAGUUGAAGCGAAACCUCGUCGAGUUGGACCGUCUCGAAAAGAAGAUCUGUGGUAUCUGCUUCGGUCACCAGAUCUUGGCAGAGGCACUCGGUGGCAAAGUAGAGAAGAACCCAAAGGGUUGGGAACUAGGUGAACUACAGAUGCCACUAUCGAUCGACGGUCAAGAUUUCUUUAGUCAACUACAACCAAGCAAUACCACCAUUGAUCAAUCAUCAGCAUCACCAAACGAAAGAACACAUAUCAACAUCCUCCAAAUUCAUCAAGAUAUCGUCACCAAGAUUCCAGAGGGAAUGCUCAUUUUAGCAUCAACAGAAGUUUGUAAAGUACAAGGUUUCCUCAAGAAAUCGAUAACCAAACCAAAUCAAUAUUAUAUUAUAUCUACACAAGGACAUCCAGAGUUUAAUAAGGAAUAUCUUACCGAUUUGAUCAAUCACGAAAUCACUCAUGUUGCAUCUGAUAUUAGACAAAAGGCGAUUACAUCGAUUGGAAGCAAUCCAGAUCAAAUGUUAUUUGCAAGAACAAUCAAUAAUUUCUUUAAACAAUCAUAA